AUGCGUCUUCCGUCCAUUUCUGCGCUUCUUUGCUUCGCAGGCCUGGUUGCUUUACCCGUGAAUGCCUACGACGACACCAAUAUCAAAAGCAUCCCUCUCCGCACCCAUAGCCUCUCUCCGCCAUAUCUCGAUUCGGAUUUCCAAAGCCGCUGGUUCGACUUCGGAGGAGAUACAGUAAUCCGCGCUGAUAAGUACAUCCGCCUUACGGCUGACCGGCCAUCGCAGCAAGGAUGGAUCGCCUCCCGCGUGCCAUUGACUGCGACAAAUUGGCAGAUUGAGCUCGAGUUCGAGAUCCAUGGCUCUGGUAAUCUGCACGGAGAUGGCUUUGCCCUUUGGCUCACCAAAGAGCGCGCCACACAAGGCCCUGUCUUCGGUUCGACCGACAGAUUCGAAGGCCUCGGUAUUUUCUUCGAUACCUACAAGAACAAUCGCCCCGGUGUAUCGUUCCCUUACGUCAUGGCCAUGAUGGGUGAUGGGCAAACUACCUACGACCAGGCACAUGACGGCAAGGCUAACGAGCUGGCUGGUUGCUCUGCUCGUGGUCUCCGUAGCGCUCCCAUUCCCACCAAAGCCCGCCUCACCUACUUCCAGGACAAGUCCCUGUCCCUGGAGCUUCAGUACAAGACUGAAGACUCAUGGACCGAAUGCUUCACUCUUUCCGCCGAGGACUCCAACAUUGCCAUCCCCUCUGUUUCAUACUUGAGUCUCUCUGCCGAGACCGGUGAACUGAGCGACAACCACGAUAUCAUCUCUCUCAAGUCCGAGAACCUCUACUCCUUGAACCGCCCCAACAGCGCCGGUAAGGGCUCGCCAGAUGAUCGGACUAAGGGCCGCUCUCGCUCUCCUGCCAAGCCCGUCAAGCCUAUCAAGGCUCCCGAGGAGAAGGGUAGCUGGACUUGGUUCCUUUUCAAGGUUGUGAUGUUCUUUGCCGUUAUCGUCGGCGCAUACUCUGGCUGGACCGCUUACCGGACCAAGGUCCGGUCCUCCCGUUUUUAA